GGUACCGUUGAGAUGGAGGCCAGCAUCAUGGACGGCCACGGCCGCCGCUGCGGCGCCGUAUCCGGUCUCACCACCGUCAAGAACCCCGUCUCCCUUGCUCGCCUCGUCAUGGACAGAUCCCCUCAUUCCUACCUCGCUUUCGACGGCGCCGAGGAAUUCGCCCGCGAACAGGGUGUUGAAGUGGUGGACAAUAGCUAUUUUAUCACGGAAGAGAACAUGAGCAUGCUGAAACGGGCAAAGGAGGCUAACAGCAUCAUGUAUGAUUAUAGAGUUCCAGCGCCGGGUGUGGACAGCGCCAGUGCCGGACUAGAGGGUGCGAAAGUGGAGAACGGUCUGCUGAUGAACGGCCUCCGCAUCAGCGUCUACGCGCCGGAGACCGUGGGGUGUGUGGUGGUCGACAGCAACGGGUGGUGUGCUGCCGCAACGUCCACCGGGGGGCUCAUGAACAAGAUGAGCGGUCGCAUCGGCGACUCACCCCUGAUCGGCUCCGGCACCUACGCCUGCGGUGACUGCGCCGUCUCGUGCACCGGGGAGGGUGAGGCCAUCAUCCGCAGCACACUGGCGAGGGACGUGGCAGCGCUGGUGGAGUACAAGGGGCUCAGCCUGCAGGAGGCCGUGGACUACGCCAUCAAGGAGAGGUUAGACGAGGGCAUGGCCGGGCUCAUCGCUGUGUCCAGAAAUGGUGAGGUUGCGUACGGGUUCAACACUAUAGGGAUGUUCAGGGGAUGUGCGACGGAGGAUGGAUUCAUGGAGGUGAGUAUAUGGUAGACGCACUGUCUCCGCAAGAUCCGUCAGCAGCCUCCACAAAGAAUGUAGCAAUCUCUGUUUAUGAUGGUAAAAAUCUUCUUCCAAAUCCAAGGGAUCACUUAAUAUGCUUGAUCAAGAGA